AUGUCCACGCUACAGGCCCGGCACCGGGGCCACAACAUACCCGACGGCGUGACCACUUUCAACGAGAUCGAGUAUGACCGCGAGGGCGGAGUGUUCCUCAACCGGACCAAGCUCGUGUUGCUGGUCAUCAUCGUUUUCCUGUUGACCGCGUUUUCGGCGUUCCUCGGACGGUACACGGCCGAACGACAAAUGAGACAGUACAUAUAUCGUGAUUCGUUCGUAAAGAAGGCUGACUCGGGCGUUGCGGACAGUCAAAUACCAUUUUUGGCCGUCGAGCCAGAGAGUUACAAGGUUUUUUUGGACCCGAAGUUGUAUGCCGCCGAUGGGACGGUUUCCAAACACGAUGUUGAUUACAGCGGCAGAGUGGAAGUAAUUUUCCGGCCCAAGACCGAUACGUCCGUUAUAAGCUUGCACGUGGGACUUUUGAAAAUCGACGGCGACACGAUGUUAAAGCGCAGACUGAGUAUGGACACGCCGACGGAACAAGUCCUCAAAGACGAUUCCAAAUACGAGCUCAACACCGAGGUAGACGAAAGCCAGGAAACACUGACGGUGACUGUCGGUGAAACUCUUAAAUCCGGACAUUACUACAGUUUGUUCGUGAACUUCACGGGCAUCAUCGGAAGGAAUCCCGAAGGAGGAUUUUUUAAGGUAGUUUUGGAUAACAAGGAAGCCGUGAAAAACCAAUGGUAUGUGGCCACGAAGUUAGCUCCUCGCAAGGCAAGACAUUUAAUGCCCUGCGUGGAUAAUCCGAAGCACAAAGCCAUUUUCGAAAUGAGCGUGGUCAGAAGCAAGGACACUAGUGUUAUUUUUAACACCAAAGUUAGAGCAACGGAACCAUACAAUGACAAUCUAUUCGUAGAUCAUUUCGAGAAAACCGGACUUAUCAGACCAGACUCUUUAGGAUUGUUUAUGUCAAACUUUAAGUCUAAUCCUAUACCAACAGAUGGUUCAUUGGAACUGACAGUAUGGAGCCCCGAUUCUACUGAUUCAAUUGAAAUGAUCACAGACGUAGUACCAAAAACGUUGGAUUUCAUGACGUCUUAUUUGGCAACCAAUUUUCCGACCAACAAACUUGAUAUAGUUGUCGUUCCUAGCGCGGUCAUGACUACAGCUGAAAGUCCAGGCUUAAUCAUGAUUAAAGAUUCAAUUUUAGGUACCAUACAUAAAUCAUCGAUGAUCGAGUACCAAAAAUCCGUUGAGUUGAUGGUCGUACACGUCAUCCGACAAUGGCUAAUGCCAUUACGAGGGCUUGAUCGAGGAAGUAAUGAGGACAAAUGGUUGAACGAAGCUAUUGUGAAUUUUCUUAAAAUAGUGAACAUCGAUCACAUCAAACCUGCUUGGAAUUUCGGAACUAGAUUUCCUCUGGACACGAUUCAACCAGUUAUGUUUUACGACAGUUGGAUGAAUUCAGAUCCACUGGCUAACCAUGAACAUAAUAUAGAAAUAUUUAAAUACAAAAAUUCUGUGAAAGGUACAUCAAUAUUGCGGAUGUUGAACAACACAUUUACUGAAAAUAUUUUUAAACAAACCCUUAGAGAAUUUGUACACACGGAAAUUUACAAAUAUAAAGAUACAAUAAGUUUUUGGACGUUGUUGGACGAUAAUGCCAGAAACAAAUCAGUGAAAUUACCAGAAAGUUCUGCUGUCUUACAAAUUGUGAAUACAUGGAUGAAAAACAAAAACUAUCCGUUGAUAAAAUUACAAAUCGACGGCGACGAUUUAGUUGUGAAACAAUUUCGAUUCGAUUACGAAGAACUUAAACCCACCAACGAUUGGGUAAUACCAAUUACCUUGACUUGUGGCGCAGCGUAUAGUACAACAGUGUGGUUGGAAAACAAUCCAGAAACCAGAGUGCCGGGAUAUAUUUCAGCAUCAAACGGCACGUGGAUAUUGGCCAACCAACACCAAACAGGUUAG